UCCUUCGUCGCCCCGAGCGGAACGGAUCCCGCCGGCCCCCGCGCUCUCUGGCUCCCACCCGGGGAGGGUCGUCGUGCGCCUGCGCCAGGGUGGGAGCGCCGUCGCGCCUAGGCCUUUCCCUCAAGUUUUUCUCUUUCCGCCCCCACUGCGGCUACCCGGUCGGCGCCUGCGCAGAGGAGUCAGUGCUGAGGCGGCAGAGGUGUCGGGAGGGGUCUGGAUUGUCUAAAGCCCUAGGAAAAAUGGUGGAAAAUUCACCGUCGCCAUUGCCAGAAAGAGCGAUUUAUGGCUUUGUUCUUUUCUUAGGCUCCCAAUUUGUCUUCAUACUUUACCUCGUGUGGGCAUUUAUUCCUGAAUCUUGGCUAAACUCUUUAGGUUUAACCUAUUGGCCUCAAAAAUACUGGGCAGUUGCAUUACCUAUCUACCUCCUUAUUGCUAUAGUAAUUGGCUAUGUGCUCUUGUUUGGAAUUAACAUGAUGAGUACCUCUCCACUUGACUCCAUUCAUACAAUCACAGAUAGCUAUGCUAAAAAUCAACAGCAGAAGAAACACCAAGAGGAGGCUAUUCCGGCAUUAAGAGAUAUUUCUAUUACUGAAGUAAACCAAAUGUUCUUUCUUGCAAACAAAGAACUUUACUCCAAAAACUGAAUUGUAUGUAACCAUACUAACACCAAGAAUGUAUUUAUUUAUGUUUGCCAUUAUAAUUUUGACCAUAAAUUAAUUCGACCAUCUCUCUUAUUAAUAAAGGAGAUGUAAAAAAUGUAACUUGACCUUCUUUUAGAUUAUGUUCAAUGAAUAUUGUAAAUGUUCUCAAGUAUUAAUUGUUAAUGAACAGAAUAAAUACAAUAUUGCAUUACCAUA